GGAAAGCCUAGUCACGAUUUGUCACCUACUGUCACGAUUCUUCAAUUUUGUCUUCGAACCUCUUUGCACAAGCCAAACAUGGAUGAAGAUGAUGAUGAAUUUCUUUACGGUACCUCUUCUACGCCAAAGACAGCUCCUGAAACCUCAGUCUCUCAACCCCAACCGGUUGAGAACAGUCUUUUGGACUCAAGGGGUAUUGUUUCUCAAUUGGAAGCUGUAGUGGCUGCCUCGGCUGCUGCUGCUAAACACAAUGCGGAAAUGGCCCAAGCUACGAAUGAUAUAGUUCCUUAUUCUGACCCCGAUACUCGGGAAGAUGCUCAGGAAGGGGACGUAUAUGCAGAGGGAGACGGGGAUGGGGACGAUAGCGAAGAGGAUGAGGAUAUUGAAAUCAUAAUGGAGCCAACGGCGCGGUCUCUCGAUUUUCGGCAACAACGGUCGCAACAGCCACGGACAGCUUCCACGAGCAUACCACCGAGAAUCCCUCAGCCCUCACUUACGACCGAAUACACUCCCAUUCAGCGGAUGGAGUCUAGCUCCUCAAUCGCAGUGUCCUCAUCUCUCCCCCAAAUGCAACCCCCGCCGAUGCAGUCCGCUCAGUCUCCGGCUACCCAACCUUCCGCAGCUCAAGCAGAAAUUUCAUCAAACAAUCUAAACGUUUCUCUGGAUAAUGGAGUUGAUCCUACCACCCUCCCGCCUGUGAAAGCACCUCCCUCACAUCCCGAGAUUGAUCCAGCUGCCCCAGGAAUGCUUGACGGUCGGGCGAUCUUUGAGGUAGACAUUGCCGCAAUGGCGGACAAGCCUUGGAGGCGCGCUGGAUCCGACAUUAGUGAUUGGUUCAAUUAUGGAUUCGACGAACUCUCAUGGGAAGCCUAUUGCUAUAGGCGGAGAGAACUCGGAGAGAUGGCUGAUGCUCUCAAGGUCAAUGUUUUGAAUUUUGCAGCAAUGCCCGAGGAGCAGUUGACCGCUUUACCGCCCGACAUCCGUCAGAUGGUCAUGACCGGCGCAACCGCCGCCAUGAUGAAUAACACUCCCAAUCCAGGAAUGAUGGCUCCUGGUGUCAUGAUGGACAUGGGGAUGAUAAACUCGAUGAAUAUGGGCAUGAACGGUGAUAUGGGUAUGAACCAGCAAAUGAUGCCAGUAGACCAAAGAGGUAUGAUGAUCCAAGAUGGUGUGCCGUCAGGUCCUAUGGGAGGUGCUGGCGCACCAGAACAAGUAGGCGGAGGUGGAAUGCCUGUCGGAAUGAUGCAGGAUGGGUUUGCCACCGGUGGACCUAUGGGUAUGGGUAUGCCAGGAGAUUAUUCAAUGCAGGACCAGUCACAAAUGUUUUCGGGUCCAGGAUUGGAUACUCAAGGUCCUCAGAACAUGCAGAACGUUCCUCCUGUACCCACUCCUCGAGGUCCUACGCCUUCGUACCGAGCACGAGGCAAUAUGGUUCAAGGAUUGCGCUCACGUGGAUUCCCUGGUAGAGGCCGAGGACGAGGGGGGAUGUACGUCAAUGAAGGCACGCCUGUUGUCGCGCGACCGGCAUCACCACUUCCACCCAACGUACCUACCGGUCCUCGUAAUCAAAACAAAUACAAGGACAGAGACGGAAAUGCGCCUGCUGUGGAUGGCUUGGAUUAUGGUGGAGACCGAAUUGGCACACGUACUCCUAGUGGUGAGCCAGAGGAAAGAGCUUCCAGCCGAAAAAGAAGAAGUUCGCCCAGCAUGGACGACAGCAGAGGCCCCAAACGACGAUAACUUAAUACCUCCUGUAGCUUUAUCUAUAUAUUAUAGUUCACUCUUGAUCGUUGGCCAAUUUGUGGGA